CUGAUGGUAUGGUAGAUAUUGGGCUUUCGACGUCAAUACUGGACUGGAUUAGGUGCCUCCAGAUGCCCGAACGCUACCUGUUAUCGCAGGAGGAAAUUGCGCUCAGUGCACAUACUGAUUUGCUUUGCUUCCUGGAACAACGGCAUCGUGAGAUACGUCCGCAGGGUUUUCUCAUACUCGCGAUACCAAUUUCUAGUGAACUGAAAACAAGAGCCGAACUCGUAUCACUGAAAGGCUGUCUCGAAGGAUUGGCCCAUGAGUGUGUUAUUUCAAGCGAAGUGGCAAGUCGAUUUCAAUCUGGUGCAUACCUAAGAAGUUGGGAGGAAGUUUGUCUUGCACUAUGGCAGGUCACGGACAAAUGGGCAAUCGAAAGCCAAUAUGUGAAGGAUACUGCGGAUCCGGCCUACUUGGGCUUUCUAGAGGCCGCCGCUGUCCUCAAAGAGAAUUAUGGAAUCGUCGUCGGUAGGUUAGCUAAGAGCAUGUAUGAAGUAUUCCUGGCAAUGACUGGCGAGUGUCUCAUGGAGGUUGUUGAUACAUUCCCAUUGGCAGGCCUGAGAGCCAAUUAUUGGGAAACAGUGUUUGGGCCGCGUGCGGGAAUCUAUAGAAACCCGACUAUUGAAAAUGUAUAUUGAAG